AUGUCCUUUACCGAUGCAACCGAGUCCUUCUUUCUGGAUGCUGUGUCUAGCAUCUGCCAGCCGAUUGUCCAAAUACUCCCUCUUAAUGACGCUGAGAUGUUCGACUAUCUCGAUGCACAUCCAGACGCCCUGUCGAGAUACCUGGCGGAACGCUUUGGUAUAUCGGAAUUCUUCAGCACAAUUCUCGCGGACAAGGCAAACAGCCGCGGCUGGCCUGCUUUUGGCGAUGUGUCAGAUCCUUUUGCAGACGAACAGGUGGUGAAUGGAAUACCGAGUGGCGCCAUACAAGAUGACGCAAUGCGACAUGGUGUGGUGGCUGGACAGGCACUUGCUGAUGAUGGCGAUGUGUUUAUGUCCCUGGACUAUGAGGAAGAAGACGACGACGGAGAAGAAGAAAACGAGGACGAGUAUGAUGCAGAUGACGAUGAGCAGGGCGGUGACUGGGAGAGUGACAGCGAUGGUGAUGGUCCUAGUUAUGAGGGCAACGACAGCAGUAACGAGGAUAGCGACAGUGAGGAGAAUGGCACCACCACCUCCAACGAGAUGUCGUCAGAGGCUGGUCCUGUGACGCCUUCCAACAUCAACACCGCUUCGUCCGCCCCCAGCAACAGCGCUGAUGAAGGUGAAGACGAUCAUGACGGCGGUGAGGGGGGGCAGGAGCUGGGGCUGAUGCCAUAUCCGGCUCCUGCACAUCUUGUUGCUGCUUCUCGCCUUCAACAACCCACCCGUUCCUGGGCCUUGUGGGAGGAGGAGGCGUGUAUCCGCCACAUGCUCGACAUCCACCGCGAGCGACAACUCAAAGGGGAAGCACGAUUUCGAGAGGCCUUGAGUCGUAUGCAACUCCAGGAUGGUGUGACGAGAACUGGUCACAGUGCUGUUAAGAACUUCUGGAAUCGCGUUGGCCGUGCUCGCUCCAGCUUUGACGAACGGAGAAAUAAGUCAGCACCAUUGGCGACUUCGAAGCAAGGCAGGAGAUCCAAGUCGGAGUCUUCUUCCUUGCUGUCACAACGCCGCAGGACCACUCGAGCCUCUUCUUCCCACCAGAAACCUCGUAGCACCAGACGUCGACGCUCUCCAGAGUUUCUAGUCUGA